AUGCUAUGGAGUGUCGGGCGGCAUGUGCAUGGCCGGAAGAGAUCCUUAGGCCUAGGUUUCUGCUGCAUUGCCGGUGUCGUGCGCUCCUCGAGGGCCAGAAACCUAGAAGCGCUUCUGGAGGCGGCGGAAUCAUCGCCAGAUCGCGAGAGGAUCAGGCAUUUCAAGGCGCUGCCGCAGGUCCAGAGGCUCCAUCGACUGAUCUCUUCCAGCGAUGACGAUGGCAGGCUUGACGAUGGAGAUUUUUUCUUCGCGGGUAAGCUCCUCGACACGUACUUGAAAUGUGGCGCGCUGGAAGACGCCAGGGACGUCUUUUCUCGUCUUCCUUCGCAGGGAGUGAUAGCUUGGACUAGAAUGAUCGCCGGAUUCAUCGAGCAGGGCUCCAAGGGAUCUGGAGCUGGGGAUUGGGAUCCACAGGAGGAUCGCGAGAAUGCUGUGGUCCGGAAUGCACUGGUUGGGAUGUACCCGAGGUAUGGAAGUCCAGAGCUCGCCAAGAGAGUGUUUGAUAGGCUCGUUUACCGCGACUUAGCGACUUGGAACGGUAUUCUCUCGGCCUUCUCUCAAGAACAGGAUGGUUCCAGUGACACUUUCCAAAUCUUCCGGACAAUGCUGCUGGAAGGGACGGCUCCAAAUCGGCGGAGUUUCGUCACCAUUUUGGAAGCUUGCUCGAGCUCGAGAGAUUUGUCAAAGGGACGGGAGAUCCGUGUGGGUUUACAGGGCUGUGGACUCGACUCGAACAGCUUCGUAGCUGCAGCACUGAUUAACUUUUAUAGCCGGUGCGGGGAUUUGGACGGAGCACGGAGAGUUUUCUCGGGAGUCUCGACCAAGGUGGCCUCUACAGAAGAAUGCAACUAG